CCGGAGCUCCUGGGCUGUGCUGCUCCUCUGUGCCACUGCUGGGUUUUGGGGGUGGCUGGGCCUCGCUGCCCACCCAGAGAAGGAGGAGCUCUGGGAGGCCUGGAUGAGGUCAGCUCUGGAUGAGAUCCCCGUGGCCAAGCUCAUGCAGGACAUCGCCCACCAGAUGGGGAAUAUGAGCAGCCGUGGGGCUGCAGAGCUCCGGGCAGGACACCAGGUUGUCCCAUCCAACCUCCAUCAGGAGCAGGAAAGACCUCAGGAUGUUCAUCCUCAGCCAGAGAGCAUCCUGGUCCUUCAGGAGGUGAUGGAGAAGCUGCAGAAGGUCAACCAGAGCUUGGAGCUGAUGCUGACAGCCUUGGAAGAUGCACAAAGCCGGCUGGAAAAGCACCUGGAGCACCUCAAAGCCAUCCCUGACCCGGAUGGUCAGAGCCAAAGUGUCACCUCCUCCUGCAUCCCACACAGCUCAUUCUUCAUGCUCCUGGUUCUCCCACUGGUGCCAGCAUCAUUCCAGGCGACCUUUCUCCUCCUCUUCCUCGCUUCCAGCGCCCUCGGCAUUCCAGCAAUCUCCACUCUCCUGGUCCUGGCUGCAGCAGGGCAUUGGCUGCUGGCAUCCGGCUGCCGUGGUGCCGGAAGGAUCCGGACAGGGGUUCCCCGGGAAAAGGCUCGGUACCGGCUCACCUCCACCCCGGAGAGGGAAUGCGACAUGGAGCUGCUGCAAGAGGAGUUGGACAGGAUGGAGAUGAGCUGCCUGCAAAAUGAGAGGCGCCCACAAGGUGGGAUCUGUGGUGGCUCUGGGACAAGGAUCCAAAGUCCUGACACGUCCCAAUCUUGUGCUGGGACAUGUGUGGCAUGUGCCACCACCUAA